CGCCGGUUGCGUUUCUAAACACUUGUAUUCCGAGAAUAAGGCCUCUCCCCGAAAGCGAUAUCGUAGUUUAACCUUCUAUUCCCGGAGGUCCAUGGGUUUUCAGUGUUAAAUUUUAGGCUUGUAUGAUAAAUUUUGCAGCGGUUAACUUGGGGGAGAAACUACACCAGAAACGAGAUCACUUACCAGUGAGAAAAUACUGAGGAGAGAUUCUACUCACUUGCACCCUAUAUUUAUCAUAUAUGGAAAACUCUCCAUAUCUCUCAAAUACAGCCUCUUAAUGGAAUAUAUAGGAUGAAAGCACAACGAGGAUACAAAUCUACUUAAGUAAAUUCACCACAUGAGGUCCUGGAAUUUCAGCACUUUAUAGCACACCAACUUCAUAAUGAGAAUGUUGAUUGUUGCAUAAAUCUCAUAUUACAAAUCAAUUUCUAGAUUUGUCUGUUAGCAUAUGCUAAAAGUAUCGAAGUCCAAAGUUUGAAAGUAUUCAUAGGGUCAUCAGAAGACCCAGAAUAAUUGUGAUAUUGUUUGGUACUUUUUUGUGGGUCACACUAUUUCGUAUCAAAUUUAAAGGAUUGUUACGUCGUAUUUCUGCUGAUUAAAAAUUUCAUUCAUGGUCAAAUUUAGGAAAAGCGUUUACUGUUUGCGGCAUUUUGAAAAAAACCCCAGCUGGUAUUGUGUCCUCACAGUUGUAAGACCGACGGGAGUUCAAUAACAAAUUUUCGACUUCUAAAAGCGUUUCUUUGCUUCUAAAUUUUAAUUAUUCACCCACCAUACAUCCCCACAAGUGUAACCUAUCGACAGAGCAGUUUGAAUAAAAAUGUUUCUGAAUACUUUGUCACCUAAAUUUUAUGUGGCUCUAACAGGAACAAGCUCCUUAAUAUCGGGGCUUAUUUUGAUUUUUGAGUGGUGGUACUUUAAGAAGUACGGAAAGUCGUUUAUUGAGCAAAUUUCUUGGACCCACAUAUAUCCACUCAUUGGUGGAAGUGAUGAAGAUAAUGAAUGUGAUAGUGUGGAAUCUAAUGGUCACCUAGCGUCUACGCAAGAGUGUAAGGUGUGGAGAAAUCCUUAUAGUUUGUUUAGGGGGGCGGAGUAUCGAAAGUUUUUUCAGGAAACAGGUCGUGACCCCCUGACGUAUUAUGAUAUGAACUUGUCUGCUCAAGAUCAUCAAACAUUUUUCACAUGUGAAGCAGAUGGCGGAAAGCCUGAGUAUGAAAUUAUGCAACUUUCAUGGAGAGAAAGAAAUCACGAAGAAAGAAUCAAGAAGACCAAGGAGGCCUUGGCUAAGAACCCUGAAUGUGCAACUGCAAUGAUCUUGCUUGCAGAGGAGGAGUGCUCCUACAUCGUAGAUGUAGAGAAAGUAUACAAACAAGCAUAUAAAGUUGCUGAGACAAAUCUUCGUCGUUCUCAACAGCUUCAAAACCACAGUCCAGCACAUGAAUCAAUGUAUCGGAGAGAUAUACAUGCAUUUGUCUUCAUUCGACGUCGACUUGCAAUGUGUGCAAGAAAAUUGGGUAAAUUGAAAGAAGCAAUAAAAAUGAUGAAAGAUCUUAUAAAGGAAUAUCCAAAUUUAAAUCUUUUCAAUAUCCAUGAAAAUCUUAUUGAAUGCUACCUAGCUGCCCAGCAAUAUGCUGAUGCUCAGGCUUUCCUAGCUAAAUACGAUGAUAUCAACUAUCCGAAAUCAGCUACUAUAUGUUACACUGCAGCUUUACUGAAAGCCAGACAAGUAUCUGAAAAAUUUUCUCCGGACUUAGCGUCACGUAGGGGUUUGAAUGCAGCUGAACUGAGUGCUGUUGAAGCUAUUCAUCGGGCUGUUGAAUUUAAUCCACAUGUACCAAAAUACCUUCUUGAAAUGAAACCUCUAAUAUUGCCUACAGAGCACAUUUUAAAACGUGGCGAUUCUGAAGCCAUAGCAUAUGCAUUUUUUCAUUUAGCUCAUUGGAAAGCUGUAGAAGGUGCAAUUAAUUUAUUAUAUUGUACAUGGGAGGGAACUUUUCGACUCAUUCCAUAUCCUCUAGAAAAAGGAAACCUCUUUUAUCCUUAUCCCCAUUCAACUACAGCGACCGAUCGAGAACUUUUACCAAGUUUUCAUACACUAUCUGUGUAUCCGAAAAAAGAUGUGCCAUUUUUUAUUCUAUUUAUUGCGGCUCUAUGCUCUUUAACAGCUAUACUUACAUGUUUAACUCAUGUCUACCCUGAACAAAUGGGAUCACUUUCUAGUAAGGUGAGUUUAAACGGGACUAUAAGUUUGGUAUAAUUGCCACUACUAUUUGAAGUUUCAAUAUCUACUCGAAAAACAACAGAAAACUGUCAUUUACAUAUCUUGUAUUUCUACACUACUUAAAUGAUAAAGUCAAUCAACUGCUGUAUUACACAGCAUUGGAUACGACUGAUCACGUAAUGGAUGCGAUUAUUUACCUCAUAUCUAAAAUAUUAGUUUGUUAAGUUGCACUUUUAUUUAUUUUAUGGUAUUAUUUACGUACUAAUGAUUAUUAGAUUAUGCGGGCUUACAGUAAAGUGAAGUAUUUAGCUUGACGUUUCAUUGAUUGACACUACCGUUUAGAUUCUGAAACCAACUAAUUUUCCUUCUUUCACAGACUCUCAACUGGUUUUUCAGUCCAAUCAAUUAUCUAUUGGAAAGACUAGAAGGAUUGCUACUUUUGCUAGCUCCAACGUCUGCUCGAAAGCUUUUAACUUAACCAACUUAAUAUUAAUUCACAUUUUAAAGCAUUUUUGUCCUCCAGAUGAUAAUUGUUUCAGUCUUAAUGUCAUUAUGUUGCUUUUUCGUUGUUUAUUUCUAUUGCAAUACCGUUGUUUUGUUCGGUACUUACUUUUCUGAUAUUUCACUAAUAUCAUAAUUAGCUUUAAACAAUUUUUAUUUGUGUUUUGUCCCCAAAAGUGUAGUCCGCAAUUUACAAUGAAAAAAAUAACUUGCAUUUUUUAAAAUCAGAUUUGUAUUUAGUUAUUUGUCUACGAAACAAAGAGUGGUUACGUUUUACUAUCGAAAUGUUUAUUAGUUUGAUUCCAUUCUUCUUCAGUGAAUCCAAGCAAGGAGAUUUCAUCAGGAUCCAUUAAAUUGUUCUCUGCUCGACAACGCAAAUAACCGGCCGCUUCAGAUCUACAUAAAGAAUUAUUCCAAUUAUUCUUUUUCAUACAUUGAGUCCAUUCCAACAUAGCAACUUUACAUACGCCAUGAUGAUCUAACGGAAAGCUUCCUCUUAAUGGAGGAAGAACUUGAGAUCUAUUUGGAAUGUAACCUGUGGAACUGGCCGACACUGUAAGAAAUAUCCCCAUCCCUAAAAAUACAAGACUGAAGUACACAGCGAUUUGAAAUAAACAGA